AGACGCUUAUUCAAUCAUAUUUCAACAUUGUAAAAAGAACUAUUGUCGACAUGGUUCCAAAGGCUGUUAUGCUUAAUCUCGUUUCAUAUGCCAAAGAAGAACUCCAACGGGAACUAUUGCAAGAACUGUACAAAGCAGAAGUUCUUGAUGAAUUACUUAAAGAAAGUGAUUACACGCAACAAAGGCGAAAAGAGUGUAAAAAGAUGAUUGAAGCCUUGCAAAGGGCUGAUGAGGUAAAUUUAUUAUAG